AUGGAACCGGGCAGCCCUACAUAUUAUCUAUCAUCCCUUCGAAUGGCCAUGAGGGCAGAUCCGCAUGUUUGCAAGGAGGUCAUCGAGAGCCUGCGAGCCCUGCUCCUCCGCUAUGGCCGCGGAUUCGCAGAUGAGAAUUGGCGACACACGAUCCACGCGCUAAUGAUCAGCCUUCUCUUCGAAAUCCUGAAAGUGAUCCCGGUAGAUGAACAAUGCUUUCAUGACGCCAUUAUCAUCGCGCGGAAGCUGUUCAAUGAAGGAUUGCUUGGCGUUGAAGAUCGUCGUGAUCGCCGCCUAUCCCAUUCUUCCAUCCGCUCAUUCCAAACGAACCUUGAUCAACGCCAAAUCGCCAACCACCUCAAACAACGCCAGAAUUCGGGCAGCAGCUUUAAUAGCGGCCCUUCCACUGCCCGGCUAAUACUCGAAAAUCUCGAGCAAGGAAAAUUCCACGAACUCGGUGGCUCUGUUCGAGUGCGGAUUUUCUCGGCUAUUUUGUCCGUUCAAGCAUGCCCAAUUUCACACCGCAUUCAACGCUAUGAGCUGUACGACUAUGCCCCCACCAUCAAUUCGUUCACGUUUCUGAAGGGAUCUACGAAAAAGCUGGCGGAAAGCAAGGAGCUGUCGUUCGAUCUGGUGGCCCCAAUUAUUGUGGAAGCACUGCGGAAGGAGACGCAUUGGAAGGCGCUUCGUUCUAUUCUCAAAAGUCUCAAUCGGACGCUAGAGUCGAUCGAUUUCAUCAUGAGUUGUGGUCAACAGAAUUUGGACGCUCUUUUGGAUGGAUGUAUUGAUAUGUUUGAGAGGCUGAAGACGUUAAAGGUAGCCGAUUCUGAGAUCGUGAUCUACCUUCCACAACUCCUCAUCGCAAUCCUCAACUACCCACUAGAAGAGAAACGUCAACGAGAAGUAUGCCGGAUUCUGGUGGAAUGUCUCAAGAUAAAAGUUGGACAUCACUCCGAAGCGAUACAAUCUUGUGGAUUGGCUGUACAGAUGUUGCCGGAACAAAUGGCCCUGUAUGCCCAUCAGAUUCUGCUGACAAUCCGUUCUCUCGAUCCAUCCCCCCGAAGGGCAAUCCCUGUGCUGGAACUGAUGAGUGAUACGAGUGGCAUUGAGAUGUUGCACACCAUCUUUCAGGAAGAAAACUUCGAGAUGGUGGUGGAUAUCCUGGUGCCGUAUCUAAACAUCAAAGUGCAUUCGAUCUAUGUUGUUGUAUGUGCACAUCGUAUUCUCAUGAGAUGGUUCUCAAAAGUACCACGCAUUUAUAGGGCUGAUAUUUCGAGAUAUUACGAGGAGAAGGUAGAGGAAGCGCUGCAAAGACAUGCCAGUGAUAGUCAGAAGCCGAAUGCCAAUGGAAUGGAGGACGAGGUUGAUGAGGAUUCGCCAAGCAAUUCCCUCCAAGGCAACACCCCACCCUCCGAAUAUUUUCAACGCGGAUCAAAGGGACGACUCAGUCACAAACUACAGAAAAAGUUUAUGAAAGAGAUACAAACGGCGCUCCUUCAAUUCUUCCGCCUCGGCCGAAUAUCUGCUCAUGUUUUUGGUGGAAUGCCAGAAGUUGAUGGAUAUGAAGAAGUAGAAUCGACAACAUAUUCAACGGGUGAUAGUAUUGUCACGCUGAGAAAUAUGGUCAAAAAGGGCAGCAGAGCCAUCGAACAACAAGAUCAGGAAGACCGUUUCUCAGAGAAUAUUACCUCGUGGUCAUCCCCUCAUGUCGAUCCUGAUGCCAGGAGAAGGCAUGCUUCUGCCAUUCAGCCCUCCACUUCCGCUUCUUCAUCCAGGGCAUCAAUCGCCGAGAAGAGGGACGAACAGGAUAGGAUCCUGCGUGACCUGCGUGCUGCAGCGGCUCAAAACCCCCGUACCUUGGAGACGUAUCAAACGGCCCUGGAAGCUGCACACAAAUUCACUCCGAUCCCGAAAGUACACGAAGGAAAGAUCAGCGUGACGCAGAUGAUUGUGCGUCAUAUGUACGGAAGGGAUUCGUGGAUUAUGAGGAGGAUUGAUCAGGCUGGAUUUGGGCCCAAUGUGGAUGGAAUGGAUGAAUACGGGUCUCUUUCCCUCCACCUCUCCGGAUUGUCCGGCUCCAAGAGGAUCGGCCCGAAAAAGACGAAUGACCUUGUGUCGACGCGUAUCCGUAAUCUGGACCGUAUCUCUGGAAUAGAGCUUCAUCCAGUUGGAGUGAUAUUUAUGGGAAGUGGGCAAUCGACAGAGACUGAUGUUCUCUCUAAUCCAUAUGGCACCAAGAGAUAUGAACAUUUCAUCAAAUCCUUGGGCACCCCUCAAUCGACGGCUCAUGAUUUGGGAGGAGGGCUGAUUGCCGAGAAGAAUGGAGACUAUACGUACACACAUUUGGAUGAGAUUAGCAGUAUGGUAUUCCUCAUCGCCACCCUAAUGCCACGUCUCGAAAAUGACGACAAAUGCAAUAAUAAGAAGAAGCUCAUUGGCAAUAACGUGUGUUGUAUGGUGUGGAAUGAGAGCGGCAAACGAUACCAAAUGGGCUCCCUUUUUGGGGAUUUUAUCCAUGUGGUCAUUGAGGUAGUCCCUGUUGGAGAAGAUUCGGUUCGUAUCGAAGUGCAUGCAAGACAUGAUAUUGAAGUGUGGAUGGCGUUGAGGAGGGCCCUCGUCCCCGAGAACGCUGCUCCCAAUAUUAUUCGAAAACUGUGCAUCCGCGCGAAGCUGGCAGCCGACAUCCUGCGUUGUUCCCCCAAAGAUCUCCCGGAUCUGGCGAGAAUCGUCGAAUUGGCCGCCAGAUUGAGCUCGUCAAAAGGAACCGAAAUCAAGCAACACGACAUCUUUUAUGAAGCGCCAAAUGGAAGACUGAAGAUGAGAAUGUUGUCUACGGAAGGAGAGAACCGGGAUUUUAUGGAAUUGGAGGUGUGUCUUCGCGAGGAACAAAGUCUAGAAGAUGGCCAAAAGAUUGCCGAUGAUCUGAGGAGGGAAUUGGAGGUGGCUGAAGCGGAUCUGUUGACUGGUGCCUACAUGGAUAUGAUCAACAAAAAG